AUGAUUAGAAAGGAUAUUCAGUUAUUUUUAUUGAUACUACAACUAGUGAAUGGAUUUAGAAGUCUGUCUAAUACUUACAAUAAAGCUAGUUAUUUGGUUGAAUGUAGAGGAGGACAUUAUCAUGCUCCUGGGAUGAACCCCCAUCCUUGUGUUUGUAUUUUAUUCAUGUGGAUUUAGACUAUAAUUCUGCUUGUUCAUCAGUCACAGAACCGAAAAUGAUCAAAGCGAAUGGCAAUGAAAUGCUAUGCCAUCCGAGACUUCGACAAUAUAUCGUCUGGCCAUAUCAAUACUUUGAAGAGGUGCUAUUCUGUUAGAACCAAGCCAUAAUUUAUGAAUAUUCAGAGAGCACUGAUUUAGUCCUUUCAUGUUUAUUUGUGGUUGAUUCCUGUGCAAUAGCUUAAAAGUCAGGAGACAUCAUUAAGUGCUAAUACUGUAAUGGCUAUAGAACUGGUGAGAAAUGUUAAUAGCCAAUUAGUACUUUAAAUUAAUAUUUAGGUUGCGGAAGUAAUUGUGCAAGUUGUGCAGCAAAUUAUUGUGAAACAUGCAAGGAAGGGUUUUCUCAGUCAAGUAGCGCUGAUCUAUAGUGCAGUUUAGGUAAAUAAAAUUUAAAUAUAAUAGCCUGCCAAACAGGACAUUUAAGCUGUUCUAAGGUUGAUGGAGUAUAUGCAUUUGAAGGGUGUAAAAAAGGUUACGAGCUGAUUGAUAAUUAAUGUGUAGGUAUUAAUAAUAAUAAAGAACUCAAGCUUGUCCUCCUAAAUGUACUAAUUGUGUUAUGGGUAUUUGUUCUUAAUGCGAAUAUCAUUAUCAUUUAAAAGAUAAUUAAUGCUUUGGAGACAUUAAUUGCACUAGAUUAGACUAUACUUAUGAUCCUAACACUGGACUGGCUAUCGGGAUGACUUGUUAAAUUUGCGAUUUUGGAUAUUUUUAUAAUACAACUCAACAAAAAUGCACUCGUAAUUAAAUAUCAAUAUUUUAAGUCUGUAAAUAGUAACCUGGAUUGGAAAAAUGUUUGAUUUGUUUUAAUGCAACAGAAUGCAAAAUUUGUUUGGGAACACAUGUUAUAACUGCAGAUAAGAAAUGCAUACCAUUUGGAGGUUGCUCAUCAAAUUGUUAAACCUGCCUUAAUACCGAUCCUGAUUACUGUACAACUUGCAAUCUGAAGGAAAAAUUUAAAACUUCCACAAUCGAGCCGGGGAAAUGUAUUUGUGAUUAUCCAAAUGGUUAUGUUGACAAGGAUGGUGAAUGUGCAAAAUGUUCUGAUGGGUAAUGUUAAACUUGUACGAGAGAUUAUUAUGAAUGCACAUCUUGUAAACCUAUUACAAAUAGAUCACUUUUUAAUACUUAAUGCAUUUGCAAAUAAGGAUAUUUUGAGACUGGUUAACCUGAUUAAAUAUGUUAAAGUAUUUGUAAAUAUAAAUUAGAAUGCCACUCUGAUUGCUAUAAUUGUAAAGGACCUUAUAAUAAUGAUUGUACAGAAUGUGGAGAUCCAAGCAUCUAUUAUAAAUACAUUGAAAACGGAUCAUGUUUUUGCUUAGAAAGAACAUUUAUGUAAAUUUAAUCUGAUGGAAAUAGCAUUUGCAAACGUAAUAAGAUUACUAAUUUUAUUAGCUUGCCAUUCUUUAUGCUAAAAAUGUUAUUAGCCCUAAGAUAGUACAACUAAUCAAUAUUGCACUAUGUGCAUUGCAGGUCAACGUCGAGUUUUAACUGGUGAUUACCGAUGCAUUUGUUAAGAUGGAUAUGGAAGUGAUGGAAUCUCAGAUAAUUGCAUAAGUGAUUAUAUCAAAUAUAAGAAUAGAGUGUCAUUAUUCGUGUAAGAGUUGUAAUGGACCCCUUGAAACUGAUUGCACUUAAUGUUCCUCUGCUGCCCAGAGGUAUUUGACAUUCGAAAAUAAAUGUGCUUGCAAUUAAGCCUAUUAUGACCCUGGAUUCAAGGAUCCAAAUUGUUUAUGUAAUCUAUACUUUCAUUACUACAAAAUAGUGUCCUGUCAUCAUUCUUGUACUAGCUGUACUGUUUUUGGUUAAGAUUAAUGCACUUCUUGUUCAUCAACAAGACAUGCUGAUAGAGUUGGAGCUUCUUUUUAAUGUCUUUGCAACGAUUCACACUAUUAUAGUGAUCCAUUCUUUUUAGAAUGUUAGCCAUGUCAUCUAACAUGCAAAACUUGUAAUGGCAUUUAUGAAACUAAUUGUCUAACUUGUGACACUACUUAUAGAGAAUUAGUCAUUUCAAAAUGUAAUUGCUACCCUGGUUAUUACAGCAUAGGCAUUUUGUAGUGUUCAUGUGAGUAUUUAAUAAUUAUAUUAGAGUGCCAUUUUACCUGUUUGUCUUGUUUUUCUUCAAAUGAAGAUGGUUGUAUCACUUGCUCCUCUGCCAAAAAUAGAGUAAUGAAAGCAAACAAAUGUGUCUGUAAAGAAAAUACAUUGUUAACAUCAAAUAACGAUUCAAUGUGUUCAAGUAAAUUUUCCAUUUAAAUUUAGAUUGCUCAUAUCGUUGUUCAUCUUGCACUAUAGCAAUUGAUAAUUGCACCGCAUGUCCUGAUUAAUCGUAACGGGAUUUAGGAACUGAUAAUUCUUGUUAAUGUCCAGCUUAUUAUUAUGAUGAACCUGGGAAUCCUAUUUGCAUAAGUACUAUUCUAACUUUAACUCUAGAGUGUCAUCGUACUUGUUAGACUUGCCAAGGGUCAUAAAUUAAUUAAUGUACUUCUUGUAAUCUUCUAAGUAAAAGAGAAUUAAACGCCAAUGGAGAAUGCGUUUGUAAGAAUAACUACUUUGAUGCAGGAGUAUAAGAAUGUUAAAGUAUCUAGUAAUUAUAAUAUUAAUAGCUUGCAGCAGUGAUUGUUUAGAAUGCGCUACUACUCCUUCAAAUUGCAUAUCUUGCAAUCCAGAUAGGUAUUUGCUGGGAAACACCUGUUUAUGCAAAACAAAACUUUAAGGAAGCUAUUUAACUACAUAUCUAGUGCCAUUAAAAAACCGAUGUCAAAGUAAAGUGAUUAAAUUUAUGCAUAGGCUGCCAUUAUAGUUGUCUAUCCUGCAGCGGCCCUUAAGCAAAUUAAUGUUUGUCUUGUUUAAAUUCAGAAUCAAGAACUAUGAUUGCUUCAAGCUGUGUAUGUAUAGAAAACUACUUUGAUACCAGUGUCCCCAUUUGUCAAAGUAAUUAAUUCCUUCAUUUUUUAAGAAUGCGAUUUUCGAUGUUAAGGAUGUACAUCAUUGGCUACUUUAUGUAAAUCUUGCCCAGCAGGAAGCUUAAGAAUAUAUAAUUCUUCAAGUUCUACUUGUAAUUGUCCUAGUUCAUAUUAUGAUGAUGGGGUUAAUCCUGUUUGUUAAAGUAGUAUUUUAUAAUAACUUUAGAGUGCGAUUACACUUGCUUGACAUGUAAAAUGAUAUCGAGUAGAUGUGACACUUGUUAGGUAAACUCAAAUAGAACCUAUAAUUCAUUAUUAUUUUCUUGUCUUUGCGAUGAUCAUUAUUAUGAUUCUGGAACUCCUGUUUGUUAGUAAUGUCAUUAUUCUUGUCUACUAUGUAAUGCUUUUGGGGCUGAUUAAUGUAAGAGCUGCUAAACAUAAACAACUUCGUUAAGAAUAUUAAACGGAAAUGUUUGCUAAUGUCUCCCUGGAUAUUACGAUGAUGGAUUUUCUGCAAAUUGCUAAAAAUGCUAUGACAAAUGUUUAAGCUGUAUUAAUUCUUCAUCUUAUUGCACAUCUUGUGAGUAAACAAGGUAUUUAGACUAAAAUUAAUGUCUAUGCAGAGCUGGUUAUUUUGAUAACGGUGCAAGCAAUUGUAUAAAAUGUGAUUCAAAGUGUUACAAGUGCAAUAUCAAUUCAACAUAAUGUACAGAAUGUGAUCCAAGUGGUUCAAGAAUAUUAAACACUAAUAAUAAUACUUGUUAAUGUAAACCAGGCACAACAGAAAUAGAUGGAUUAUGUUAAAAUUGUGAUUCGAAUUGCUAGACAUGUUCAAAUGCUGCUACAAAUUGUACAUCUUGUGGUCUAAUGAAAUCACUAAUUAACUCAUAAUGUAAAUGUAUAGAUGGAACUUAUUUGUCGAAUGUAGAUAAUAAAUGCUAGAAUUGUAACCCUACUUGUGAAAUUUGCGGUGGAUUAGACUCAUUUUGUUUGAGUUGUUCUUCAGAUAAAAAUAGGAUUAUCGAUAAUACAAAUCACACUUGUAUUUGUAUGGCUGGAUAUUAUGAAGAUAUGGUAAAUAUCUCUUGUUUGCAAUGCGAUCAAACAUGUUUAACUUGCUUUGGUAUUUCUUCAUAUUGCACAAAAUGUGAUUCAAAUCUGAACCUAACGCUGAAUUAUUAAAAUAGAUGUGUUUGCAAAUCAGGUUAUUUUUUUAAUCUCACUACUUAAUAAUGUUAAGGUAUUAUAUUAUAAUCAAUUUAAGGUUGUCAUAUUAGUUGCACAGAAUGUUUGACUUUAACUUAAUGCUUAACUUGUGAACUAAUGACUCGAUAUUUUGAGAGCGAUACAUCAAAAUGUUUAUGCAAGGAUGGCUAUUAUGAAGCUAAUCAAAAAUCAUGUUUAUGUACUAAUUAUGAUGAAAACUUUAGAAUGUCACAGCAGUUGUAAAACAUGUUAGACUUAAUCAAAUAAAUGUCUCUCUUGCGAAGAAUCUAAUUUAAGAUACUUUUAAAUGAAUUUUUGUCCCUGUCUUGAUGGAUACUAUGAUGUUGGAAUUGAAAUGUGUCAAAAAUGCAGUGACAUUUGUAAGACUUGCUAAGAAAAUUCAACCAAAUGUUACUCAUGUUACUCAAAUCAUCUUCGUGUGAUAAAUCAAAAUACAUGUACUUGCAUUCCUGGAUAUUUUGAUAAUGGUUCAUUAAUAUGUGAAAGUAUUUAAUUGAUUAAAUUAGAAUGCUCAAAUUCUUGUUAAACGUGCAAAAAUUAGAAAGAUUAUUGUACUAGUUGUGAUGUGAAUUAAAAUAGAUUAGAUCAAUCUAUCCUUCAUAAAUGUCCUUGCAUCUCUGAUUUUUAUUAAGAUUCUAAUGAAAUUUGUUAAAGUAGUUAUUUUCUUUUAAUAAAGAAUGUCAUAUAAAAUGCUCCGGAUGUGUUAAUGAGAGAAAUAAUUGUUUAAGCUGCAAAUAUUUAUAAGGUUCCAACAGAUUAACAAUUUCAAAUUAAUGCAAUUGUAAAGACGGAUAUUAUGAUGAUGAUAUCCAGAUUAUCUGUAAUAAAUGUGAUACCCGUUGCAAGACUUGUGAAAGAGAUCCUAAAAAUUGUCUUAAAUGUUUUAGUAACUUAAGAAUAAAUCCUCCUGAUUGUCAAUGUAUGAAUGGCUACUUUGAAAAUUAAUAUCUAACUUGUGAACGUAGCUAUGUUUAAUAAAAAAUAAGCUUGCUAAAUUUAAUGUGAUACAUGUUAAACUAUAGCCUCGAAUUGUGUGACAUGCAAAGUAGGGCGUAUAAACAAAUCAUGUGAUUGCGAAGAUGGAUAUUUUGAAGGUGGUCAACCUUUAUGCAUAUGUAUAAAUUGAAUCAAUAUUGAAGAAUGCGAUUUUUAAUGUUAAAAAUGCAAAAAUUAUGCAACUAACUGCCUAAAAUGUAAAGGUGAUCGAUUGGAGAGUCCACUUUGUCGAUGUUCAGAUGGAUAUUAUGAUGAUUUCUAAAGCAUAAAUUGCUUGAAAUGUGAUUACACUUGUAAAACAUGUACUUUGGAUGGAUGUCUAUCGUGCAAUGGAAACAGAAUCUUAUCAUAUCAAAUGACGUGUGAUCCUCCUCCUAAUUCAAUUAGCUCAUUAUUAACUCCUUGGUGCUCAAGUAUAGUAUUCCUAAUAUCAAAGAUUGCGAAGUAGCUGUGAUGAAAAUUAAAUUAUCAGAUGAUCUGACAGCAAUAAUUGUACAAUUUGAUCUUCCCUUGAACCCAAAUUUCUUUACAAGUUAGCUUGAUAGCAAUAUUUGUUUUAACAUCUUAGACCAGAACACUAUAUCUAAAUUAGGAAUAAAUCCACAAUGUGAUAUAGAUCCUAAUAAUUAACAACAAUUAAUUUUGAGUCUCGGUCGCAAUCCCACAAUUAUUCCAGGAGACUAAAUUAAUUUUUUGUAGGAUUCAUUUGGUCACAAUAAUUGUAAUGGCAAACUGCAGCGUUUCGUUUUUAAUAAACUAGAAAAACCCUCUAACCCAUUAGCCCCUGUUAUAAAAUAUAAUGUACCUACAUAUCUCUUUAAUCCUUGUGAUGAGAACAUCUUUUUGAUAGAAUAAAAACUUUAUGAUGGAUUGAGAAGUUUCAUCUCCAUUUCGUGGUCAUUUAUAGUGUAGGGGGAAAAUGGAAAUGGUGGUCUUGUUAAUUUGGUAACCGAAUUAACAAAUUUUCAAUUACUGGAUCUAACCAUCCCAGAAAAAACCUUACCCAUUUAGUCAAAUAUAACUUUAUUUGUGGAAGUUCAAAAUUUUGUUUUAUAAAAAAAUGUUUUUAAGAUACUAAUUCAAACACAUGCUGGAUAAUUUCCUAGUAUUUUUUCGAACCUUAAACAAUAUUAUUAUCCUUUUGAAUCUAUAAAUCUGGCCUUCACCUUAAAUAAGAAAGGGUGCAUAGAAAAUUCACAAAUUUCAAAAGAUACUUCUUAAUAUUAAAUUAAUUUUUAUGAAAUUUACAGAAACAAUUCUAAAUCUAGACCUUCAAAUAUCAAUUAUACUGAACUAAUUAAUUCUAAUUAAUUAGAAUUUAAUAUUCAAAGCUAUUCUUUAAGUGCAUAAACAGCUUAUACAUUUCUAUUAACAAUAGCAGAUUCUUCAAUUUAAUAUUACUCCUAACAAAAUGUAACUAUUUAGAUUACAUCAGCUGGAAUUCUCUGCUAAUUUAAUGGAACAAAGAAGUUGUAAAAAUACUCAGAUGUUACAAAUAUUUACAUCUUCUGCAAAGAUCUAGAUGUUUAAUAUGAUUGGAAUCAAGACCCAAAUUUGUCAAUAAAGGUUAGUUGUUUAGAUCUAACUUUAUAAGAUGAAUGUAAAGAUUUUUAAUUGAAAACAUUAUAAAUUAAUUCUACCUAAACUAGUUAGAUUUUUCCUAAAGCUACUUUCAAGCCAUUCACAAUUUAAUCUUGGAAAGUAAUUGCCAACAAAAAUUAAUUGUCGUACAAUUAUAAAAUAACUAUUGUAUAUUUAGAAUAUGACUUCAAGAUCCUCGAUAUAGAUUAUAAUAAUGGAUAUUUGAUAAGGCCAGUUAAUACCUAUGAAGAUUUACAAUUUACAUUUAAAAUACCGUUUUAAGAUAGACAGUACCUUUUAGAUUAUUAAAUAGUAAUAAUUUAUGAUUUUCAAUUAAUUUCAAUACUUCGACCUCAAUACUUUAAAUAUUCAUUUUAGUUAUACAAUUACUAUUAAUAAUUUAAUAAAGGAAAUAAAUUUAAUCUUAAAUUUUUAGCUUAAUAUACUAACGAUAUCAUUCCUUGCCAGACAGACUUAAGCUUAGUGUUAAAUUAACCUCCAAUUUGUAAAUUUUAAAUGCUGGAGUAGAAUAUCAAAGCUUUAGAACCUCAUAAAAUGGCAAUUAAUUGUGAAUAAUCAGAAGAUAAACCAUAUCUUUAUUAAAUGAAGGUGUUUCUUUUUUAAGAAGACUUUGAAGAGUUUCAAAAUAAAACAUCAGAUAAUUCACUCCUUUUCUACAGCUUUUAACAAUCGAAUAAUCUAAUUGGGUAUUUUCCUAAUUCAGAAAUCAAUGUUAUUUUUUAAAUCAUAGAUUAACGAGGGUCUAUGACAAAUAUCCAAAAAAGCCUAAAUAUCUCGCAAAAUCAAGUCUUAUGCACCAAUUAAUCUAUAGAUCAAUUAUCAUUAAGGGAAAAAAUUGCAUGGAUAUUUGAAAUAAUGAUUAAUCAUUACGAAGAUUCGAAUUGCACAAAAUUUAAAGAUGAAUUAUUAAAGUACGUUGAAACAGGAAUAAAUUCGGAUAAUAUAUAUGAAAAAUUAUUAGCCUAUUAGGCAAUUAAUCUAUACAAAAGAUAAAUAAUAAAAUAGAAGGCAUCAAACUCUUCGUUGAGAUUGUUAGAAUAAAAUUAUCAAGAUGAAUGCUACAAUAAAGACACAUCACUUUUUAUUAUUACUAAUUAAGAACCAUUCUCAAGAAACAGCACAAAUAUUUCAUCCUUAGCAAUAAGUUCGAAAAAAGUUGAGUCAUAAAUAGCAAAUUUGAUAAAGUUGAAGAAAAAUCUUGAGAAUUAAAAUUCGUAAAAUUCUCUAGUUGUCGAUUCUCAAACAAUUAUCAUGAUUAAAGGUGUAAUCUAAAUGUUAUAAAUUUCGGUACAAUUAAUUGAUAAUUAAUUGUUGAUUAUUUCUUAGAAUGCAACAUCUGCAGAAAAUUAAGAGCAAGUAACAAAGAUAUCUGAAAUGCUAAUUUAAUUAAUUAAUAAUGUUACCAUGCAUAUAAGUGACAAUGUCGAAGUAAAUGGUAGGGUUUUGUUAAUUUAAGGACUGAUAUUGAAAUUGUAAUUUUAAUAACUUACAAAACCUAAAUAUAAUUAAGAGUUUUAAUUACAGAACGAUUACUUAGAUAAUUUAAUUGCAUACAUAUAGAAGUAAUAAUUAAUAGUAAAUUAUAAUUAUUAUAAUCUAUCAGAAAUCUACACAACUAUGCUCCAAAUUUACUUAAAUAGAUCAGAUUUUGAGAUUGAUUAAAAUCAUUUAGUGAAAACAAUUUUAACUAAUUCUCUUUAUACUAAUAAUUAAAUUAAUCAGCUUGAAUUAAAUACUUAUUAUAGAAUUGACUUGGCUGAAUUUCGAUAUUGUUAAAGUUCGUAAGAGACUUCUAUAAUUUUUGAAUAUAAUUAUUAUUGCAUUAAUCACUUAACGGCAAAUAAAUUUGAAAAAUGCGAUUUAGAAAUGGAAGAAAUUGAUAAUCAAAAAACUCAACUCUUUUGUAAAUGUAAAGCAAUAGGAAAUUUAUUUUUGAUAAAAAUUGCCAAUAAAACUAUGACUUAAUAAAAUAAUACAUCGGUGAAUUAAACAUAAUUUGAUUUGAAGUAAAUGAAAUUAUUAAAGCAACCUUAUUUAUUUGUCUAGGUUGUGUUUAUUAUGUCUUCUUUUAUUGUUUACUGUUUCCUAUUUUAUAAAGAAAAUCAAAGAGAUAAGGAAAUUGCAAAGGAACAGAGUUAAAGUGGAACGUAAGAUACAUUAGAAAAAGGUUAGAAAGUUUUUGGAAGAAAAUAUUAUCCAGGUCAUGUGUUUAUAUUUAAAGCAUCUUUCAAAGUAAGUUACUUUAUUAUAAAAAUAGUACAUCCAUUCAAUUUUGUAAUUUUUUUAAGUUGACGAAAACAAAGUGAAUAAAAGCUUUAGAUUCCUUCAAUUUAGUAAUUAAAUAAGCGUUUUAAUAUUAACAUCCAUUUGGGAAGUUUUAGUCCCGAAUUUCGUAAUUAUCAAUGCAUCAAUCAACCUUCUUGUUUUGUUAGGUUUUAGAGCAAUUUCAAAGAUAUUUCAAACGAUUUAUUUGUUUAAAGGCAAAAUUUCUAUAGCAGUGGUUCUACUGUAUUUCUGCCUUCCUUUUAUGUAUGUAUUCCUUACAAUUUUUCUAUUUAAUUAAAAGUAUGUUAUUAUUUAAUAUUAGUGAAAUUAAUUAGACUGGCAUAGAUGUUUAAAUAACUUUAAAUCUAUUGAGUACCUUAUUUUUAGUUUUUUUCAUUUAUGAGCCAAUAGCUAUUUAUCUAAGAAUAGUUAUAUACAAAACUUUUAUGGAAAGUGUUAAAAAUAAUGAAUAUAUUCCAAUCAACCAUUUUGUUUAUUUCUUUAUCUAUCACAGUAAAAUAAAUAAUAUUUACGAUUAAUUAAAUAUUAGAUGA